AAACCAAAUAUAGUACUUACGUAGUGGUUUCAUUUGACUGACCAUUUAUAAUACGGGUCAAAAGAACAAACCAAAAACGUAAUUGAGACGAACUUUAUGAAAUUUAAGGAGCAAUCACACAAUUCUAAUGAAAACCCAAAAAAAUUGAAAGAUUUCACUUUCUGUUAAAAGGGCCUAUACUAAAAUGACCCAUUUACCAUCAUUACUGUUCCAAGGCUAAAGCCCAUGAAUCAAAUUUUGUACGGAACACACACAAACUCACUCCAACGGUCAUAUUUCAUGUUCCCAAUACCACGAAUUCAAGAACGAUCUUCAGCAACACAUCAAUUACAUCACUCCGCUUCCUCAAAUCUCAAAUUCUCAAUACUCAAAAAAAAAAAAAAAAAACUCAAACAAUCCAAAAUGGGUGUAAAAAAAUUGAACAAUUCAAUCGAAUUAUCGCCAUCUUUAGAAGAUGAUUCCCCAAUUAGAGCAGUUUUUUGCCUGAAAAACAAAACAAUUGAUAUGAAAAAGAUUGAAGAACUUGAAGAUUGCUUCAUAUUGGAUUUUGAUCCUUCUGAACCUGCAGAUUUUUCUACACUUUCUCUCUCUAAAAGUUUAGAUCUUUGCGACGAUAAAGAUGUCUCUGUUCUUGCUGAAAAUGGCCAGGUGGCUUGUAGAGAUUUCCCACAUCCAAGACAUCUCUGUGUUAAAUUCCCAUUUGAGAAAACACCCCAUGAAUCACAUUGCAAAAUGUGUUAUUGCUAUGUAUGUGAAAUGGCGGCUCCUUGCAAAGAAUGGACAAAAGGGUUGAAGCAUUGUGAUGCAACUAAUGAUGAUGAUGAAAUCUGGAAGUUGCUAAAGGCUCAAAAAACCGAGGCUUAAAACCCCUAAUUAAUGGAGAAUGCUGCUAGUUAAAUUUUUGGCUACUUUUUGUAUAGUUGAAAGACUUCAAGUCAAAUUCAUGCUUAGAGUUGGCUUAUGGUAGUAGACUAGUAGCACUUAGAGUUGCAUUUUGUUAUAACUUAAAAGGAUAUGCAACUUUUAGUUGUAAUGUUUUGCUAAGAAGUGUAGAUAUAAAGUUAUGGUAAUGGUAAAUGAUUAUUUGUCACAAAGUAUGAGAUUUUGUUUCAAUUUUCUACAUUUUCUUUUCUUUAUUUUUUUUCUCCUCCUCCACACAGUGAAUUGUUUUAUCAGCUUAAAGCUUGUGCCUUUUCCAAAACUAUAAAUAAAUAAUGAAAACUAAACUAUUUUAGA